UAAUUAUUCCAGAUCUAGUAUGUACAGACGAGAAUACCCGGAUAUCCCGGGUAUGUUUGAUGCAAGGUUUAGAGAGUAUAACAGGCCGAAUUUAUACAGAGAAUUUCAGGCAUCAUGGCUCAUUUCCAUUGUAGGAUCUAUAAUGAUAAUAAUUGGAUGUGGAUUACUUUUCUGGAAUGAAGGAAGAGCGGUGAAGACAUCUGUUUCAUUAGACGAGGGACUCCGGGAUAUAACUGUUCCUGAAACAUUGAACGUUGUGUUCGAAGAGAAUUCUGGUAAACUAGUUCUAGUAUCCGGUACUCUCCGUAUAGAGGAUACCCUCCAGGAUCCAGCCUACGCUAUCUCCAUUAACGCCGUGAAGCUGCGCCGCGUGGUUCAGAUGUAUCAAUGGUACGAAACGGAGGAUCAGCUCUCAGCCAGCCUGGAGUCUGCUGAACAUGAUUCACACAGAGAGAAGACCUACUCCUAUAGCUCCGACUGGUUUGAAUACCCGAUUGAGAGUAAAUCUUUCUACAAUGAGCUGGGGCAUCACAAUCCGCAUCCUGAGGACUGGCCAGCUAACAGCAGUAUACAAACAAAUUCCAGGGUUAAAAUUGGAAACUUUCUCCUUGGGUCAAGUGUUAAAGAGAAGUUUACGGAGUUCAAACCAUUUACUAGCGGAGAGAGACCUAGAGUAGAAGGAAUCAAGAUCUAUGCAGGUUUAUAUUAUCACAGCGCUAACGUUUGGCAACCAGAAAUAGGAGACUAUAGGGUUCAGUUCACGUACGCCGGCAGGGACGGAGAGGAGUUUACUGUGGUUGGAAGGCAGAGUGGACGUGAGAUCCGUCCCUACACUACGGAAUCUGGGGAGGAGUUGUUAAUCCUUCAUCCUGGGAUCAGAACUGCUGCAGAGGUUUUCAGAUCGGAGCAUAAUACUAACAGAACCACAACCUGGAUAUAUAGACUAGCAGGUUGGUUCAUUUCAUUCCUCGGAUUCUCCUGUGUUGCCAAUCUCCUGGAGAUGUUGAUAGAUUUAAAUCCAAUAUUGAGACAAAUCCUUGCUCUGGGUUUCUCACCAAUACAUUUCUCCGCAUCUGUUACUGUCACGUUAGCUAUAAUAGGGUUUGGCUGGGUCUGGUAUAGACCUCUGGUUGGAUUAUCUCUGGUGUCAAUUUCUCUGGUUCCUUAUAUAGUUCCUUGUAUCAGAUUAUUAAUGAUCAGACGAGCAGAGCGAUCUCGAUACAGACCCUGAGAGCUUUAUCAACUUCGCUGUCGUCUUCAAAAAUUCUAGAAAGAAUUUGUUUUAAAGUUUAGCCAAAUUGCAAAAAAUAUAUUAUCAACAUAAAAUCUCACAAUGACGCGAUUCUAUCUAAAGACGUAGAAACAUUUCUCAUUAUUAAUGAGUAGUUUCGAUCCUGAUUUUUGUUUAAUUCUUGGUUUCCAUUUUGAUAGUAAAUUAAUAAUUACCUAUUUACCAUUUAAUAGGCUUUCAGUUGUUGGAAUAUUAUUCAUAUUUGCUCAAAUUAACAUUGUUUUUUCUACUCUAAGUAAAUUUUUAUAGUUUAAAUCGGUUUUUUUUAUUAUUUUAGUUUUUCUUCAAUUUUGUAAAAAUUUUGUGUUAGGAAACCUUAUAAUUGCAUGUCAUAAUUUCACGGUAGUUUCCUGUCGUUUGUAAAUCUAAAUGGUCGGUUAAAUUUACCGUUAAAAUAAAAGUCACAAAGAAUGAGCUUUACAAUGAUUUCUGCUUUAAGAUACAUGCAGAUAAAAAGUGUAAAAAUUAUCCAAUCAACUGUUCCACUUAGUCCUCGAUGCAGUAAUGUAUUGUAUAUUAAUGAGCAUACCCCCUUUUUUACCACUCUAGUCCGUGCCCAUUUGGUGAUAUAACUCAUAAAAUGAAUAUUAUUAUUAUUAUUAUUUUUAUUGUUUUUAUUCACAAUCUUAUUGGUUAGCUGGUACAAUGUCGGUUGUCCGCUGUUGUUAAAAUGUGCAAAAAAUUAGUAUAAUCAUCUUGAAUUUGAAGUAUAGGAAGUCUGACUUGAUGUGAUACCUUACAUUCUUUCUGUAAAACUCAUCCCUUACCGUUGUUGUACUUUUCACCAAUAUAAUCAUCCAAUAGUAUUUAAGAAGCUUAAAACAAUUGGAACUAAGCGUUAAUCUCAACAUUUUAGAUUUAAUUUGAUUUAAUUUAAUUUGACUUGUAAAUUGUUUACCUUAGUAAAAUCUAUGCAUGAUGUCCGUAUGUUUGAGUUUCAGA